GGAGGAUGUAGCCACACCUUCAGCACACACCGAGUGAGUAUAUAUCUCAAACCGAGUGUGUAUUAUCAUAUCCAGGGGGUAUGCUGAGGCGGGCGUCGGCGUCGGCGUCCCGGCGUUGCCCAGUUCCGAGCCCGUGCAACCCCCAACGACCAUCAUCAGCGCCGAUGUCGAAAAUCGAUCUCAACCUGCCGGGCGUCUAAACAACAUCUCUACGGUCCUCCGUAGUUCGUUUUAUUUUAAACCGUUUUCAUUUUUCGAACUCUUUUUAAUAUUUAUUUAAUUGGGUGCAUUUGCCUUUGAGGUGCCCAAGGGGUCAAACAAAUCGGGUGCAAGUGAUUUAUUUAAAGCCCCAAGGACUAUAUUCUCAAUCAAUCGCGGACUUUUUAAGCUAUAGGUCAUAAUAUUUAGGAUGGGAGCUAAAGGAAGUGUAGAAGCAGCUAAAAUCAAUGCACAAAACUGGAACGAUCUUGAGCACAAACACGGAAAGCAAUUCAGCAGUCAUCAUCAGCGAUCUCUAUCACUAAAUCGGAACUUGCGAGGACACAAUAGUCAUCAGUGGAGCACCAGUGGGCGCAACACCGGCGACUUUGGCACUGGGGGCGAUAUGUGGUGACAUCAACCAUCGAGGUGCCAGUGCCCAGCGGGGUCGCAGCUCCAGGGGAUGGGCAACAAACUGAGUUGUUCCUGUGCACCACUUAUCAGGAAGGCGUAUAGGUAUGACGACUCGCCAUGGCAGACAUCCAGAAGGCGAGAUGGACAUCUUUUACGACUUUGGGCGGAGGUGUUUCACGUUUCGGCAAGUGGAGGCGGUACGUUUAAAUGGCAACAAGUGAGCGAGGACUUGGUGCCAGUGAACAUAACCUGCAUCCAAGACUCACCAGAAUGCGUGUUUCAUAUCACGGCCUACAAUUCACAAGUCGAUAAAAUUCUCGAUGUGCGGCUGGUCCAACCAGGUACAAGGAUCGGUCAAGCUUCAGAAUGUUUUACUUAUUGGAAAGACCCCAUGACUAAUGAUACUUGGGGUCUAAACUUUACUUCCCCUAUCGAUGCCAAACAAUUUAGGGAAUGUUGUUCCCCCUCUUUUAAAUUUUCCCGAAAAGCUUCUUCCUCAUACUCCCUUAAACUUGACCCUCCCGGAAAGCAAAAAUUCAAGCAGAAGAGGAAGCCAUUGAGCACACCAGCUUCACCAUCACGUGGGUCCAGAGAACCACAAUGCACUUGUAUGACAGCAGAGCAGUAUGCCAGAAUGAGGUCACAAGAUCCUAGAUAUAGAGGUUCUUCUACGCUUCCCCGUGCCACAAAAAUAUCAGACACAGAAGGAAAAAUUGAAAAAAUUACUGCUGCCACCUCGUCGACGAGCCUUUACGACAAUAUCGGAGCCACACAGACAUCAUCUUUACCAGGAACUAAAGGUACUCAACGAGAGGGCAGCCAAGUAAAACAGACCCGCGACAGAGGCAUCCAACCGCAAUCGGACACCAGCACAAUGACUACCAAUAGCUCAAUUUGUCCAAAGACUGUUACCGCCUCUGUUGGUACAGAAAGUGUCGAAACACAAGUAAACCAAAUCGAAAAGCAAUCACAGACACCAGACCAGCCCCAGCAAUCAGAAGGAACUCAAGCGGGGGAGCCAAUAUCCUCCCUGAAAAGCAGUGGUGGCCUAAGUAAGGAUCAGACUGAAUAUAAGGAGAGAAAGGAGAGGGAUAGAGAUAACAUUCAUCAUGUAUUAAGCAACGCGAAGUCCGUGGACUAUUCGGAUAUAGAAUUGGCGCGCGAACAGGCUGAGCUUCGCGGUGCUCAUCUUCAUAAUAAUCUCAGCAAUAACCUUCAGGCGAGAAGAAGCAAGUCGAAGAGCUCUGAGGAUAUGAACAGGGAAAAUGGAAUUAGUUUAGACAGUAACACCCUGAAACGAAUGCUCAAGCCCAUGCCUAGCCAAGAAAGUCCUGUAACAUCUCCUGAGAUGGGGAGGAAAAGAUAUCACUACUACAACCAUCAUCAACCAAGGCACUUUAACAAUAUCCGACACGUGGAACCCGAACCACCUUUAAAUCCUAGGAAUGUUUUGGGACCUAAUUCCAAAUUUUCCAGUUCACGUUCUUCACAUGAAAUUGGGCGUGGUUAUCCAGGAAGGGGACUUUACUUAGAACUGGAACGUGGAGCUGGCGAAGACUUUUCACCACCAUCAGAUAAUGUAAUUUUCGAUAACCAAUGCUAUGCCACUACUCCAAGUUCCAGCAAUGGAAACUCAGACAUGGAACAAGCCGGUCAACAUUAUGGUAGACGAAGACUACAUCGCCAGAACUCAAGCAUAAAUUCUACACCUGGUUCCCCAACUAGUAGACUUCUUCUGGAAUACGAAAUGCAUCUGAGGAACACACUCGCUAAGGGAAUGGAUGCAGAAAGCUACAGUCUGCAUACAUUCGAGGCCUUGUUAACUCAAAGUAUGGAAAAUUUAGAGUUCGCAGAAAGUCUUCCAGGGUCUAACCAAAGAAGUCCGUAUCCUCCAAGGAAAAGACCAGCAUCUAGUGCUUCCUUAAAAUCCACCACGCUUCCGUAUAAUCAAAGAAUGGGACUGAUAAGGGAGCGAGAUAGAGAAAGAGAUGGAUAUUAUAGCGAUCGAAAUGAGCUCAGCAGGGAAAGAGAAAAGGAGCGUGAGAGGGAGAGAGGAUAUUUAAGUGAUCACAAUACUAGUUCAAGAUGUGCGUCAUGUAUAGGAGAAUCAAGUAGAGCACAAUGGUUUAGGCAUUCAGAUGGAUGGAGAUCAGGAAGUUCUAAUUUUAAUGCUAAUCAAGGAGGUGGUAAUCAAGGAGGACCUACUGGGCAUAGAAGAGCUCCUUGGGAUUCUCUACCGUCAUUACGUCAGGAAAGUAGCAUGAACGAUAGUGGAUAUAAGAGCAAUCCUGGCGAUAGUUUUGAGCAACGAGGUAUAUUUGAUCGACAAGACAGUUUAAGAUCAGACUACAUGAGUGAUAGAGAGUCUUGUCGAUAUGGAAUUGUGCAGCAAGCAUCUGUGGAAAGCGCGGAUUCUAGGCUUUGUUAUUUGACCUCCUCCGAGAUCUCGGACGAUGAGCGUAUGUCAUUAACCACCGCAGUUUCCGACGAAGAUGAAGGAGAAAGUGUUAUGAAUUCACCGUACAAGGCUAAACAGACCGGAACUGCGGCCGCAUCAUUCAACUGUACCGGAGCAGUUAGAAAAGCUGGCUUUCUUAGUGUUAAAAAAUGGCUUCUCAGAAAAAAGCACCAGAUCGAAUUGGCUCGUAAACGUGGCUGGAAAGGUUACUGGGUAUGCCUUAAGGGCACCACUUUACUAUUUUACCCGUGCGAAUCACGUGAGGGCAGGAGCGUGGAAGCUGCUCCCAAACAUUUAAUAAUCGUCGACGGAGCGAUUAUGCAGCCCAUUCCGGAACAUCCCAAACGAGAUUUUAUUUUCUGUUUGAGCACCGCGUUUGGUGACGCCUACCUCUUUCAAGCUCCGUGCCAGGUUGAGCUAGAAAACUGGGUAAACAGCAUACAUAGUGCUUGUGCCGCUGCUUUCGCUCGGCACAGAGGUAAAACUGGAACUCUACAUUUACUGCAAGAGGAAAUAUUUAGAUUAGAAAAAGCUAUUGAAACGGAUUAUAAAAUGAAACAUAUAGCAGAAAUGCAACAUGCCGCCUGCGACUAUGAGGGACAGCAACAAAUUUACAAUCAAAUAUUACAAUGGGAAGAAAACUUAGAACGAUUACAUUGUGAACAGUUCAGAUUGCGAUGUUAUAUGGCCAGUUUACAAAGUGGCGAACUACCUAAUCCCAAGUCCCUACUAACCCACGUAUCUCGCACAACGAAGAAUACCUUAAACAAAUUGGGGGUGUUUACGGUAUCCUCGUUUCAUGCUUUUAUUUGUGCUAGAAGUCCUUCAUUGUUAAAUAAUCUUUUGGCGGGAAGGGGAGCUACUAAACGGAGACCACCUCUGCUAUCCAGAUCGAAUAGUGGUUCUAGUAGAAGGUCUUUACAAGUAAAUUCCCGCGAGGACUCUGAAAAAUCCUUUAAAGUAUCAUUACCAGAUCAAAUGACAGCAACCGUAUUCGUACGAGAAUCGAUGUCCGUGGAGGAGUUUCUCUCUAGCGCUUGCGCUCGAAAGAACCUUAACCCGGCAGAGCAUUUUAUUCGUGUCAAAAAACGUAAAGAUAUGGAAGACCAUAAUUAUUUUGUACCUCAUCGAAGCGAUUUAAUAGAAACUUAUAUUCAUACUCACGAAAUCGUAGAAGUUUGUGUUAAAAUUUUGUAUCAAGUAGAACUUUCGCGAAGUACUUUGGAACAAAUGUGGGGUUUUAGUGUAGAAGCUGAACUAGUAGAAAACGCCGAUAGGCAAGAUGAGUUAUGCUGCUAUGUAAGCCGAGUCGAAGAUAAAAGCGUUGCUAUGCAAAACGGUAUUAUCAAAGGCGACGAAAUAAUGGUGAUCAACGGCUCGAUAGUAUCUGACCUUGAUAUGAUGUAUCUGGAGAGUGUGCUGCAAGAAGAACUUUCGUUAUGCAUGAUGAUGAGAUCCUCAAGGGUUGAGCCGCCUGAUAUCAACGGUAUGUUGAGAGCCACCGAUGAUAUCAUCGAAAGUUUAGUUUGCCCACCUCCACCGACUGAACCACCAGGGAUUAGUGAUGAAAUGAUAUCUGGACUAAUUGUACCAGCACCGGGUAAAGAUAAAUACGCUACCGAUACAGAAAAUCAUACUACCAUACCAGAUUCUUCAAUGAAAGUCUCUUCUAGAACCAACUCUUUCGAAAUUGAAAACUUACUUAAAAGUGCAGAACAGGUUACUGGCUUUUGUCGAACACCAGUAGAAGCUAGAAAAUGCUUAAACGCGGUAAACAACGUAAACAAUGUUAAUUCGCAACCCAUUUCCACGCCUGGUCGACAACUUUCUGAUGCAGAAAAAUUACGAAAAGUUAUUAUGGAACUUGUUGAUACGGAACGAACUUACGUUAAGCAUCUUAACAGUCUCCUUGAAAAUUAUUUGGAGCCACUAAAAAAGGAGACAUUUUUAUCAGGCGCAGAAAUAAAUGCCCUAUUUGGUAACAUUCAAGAAAUAGUUGCAUUCCAAAGGCAGUUUUUACGUAAUCUGGAAGAAGCAAUCGAAUUGGAGCCAGACUUUCAGAAAUUCGAAUAUCCUCAUCAUUUCAAGAAUAUUCUCUUCUCUAUCGGAAGUGCCUUUUUGUAUUACGUCAAUCAUUUCAAACUGUACAGUUCAUUUUGCGCCAGUCACAGUAAGGCUCAAAAGGUGCUGCAUCCAAAUGAAGGCAAUCAGGCUUUGCAAGAGUUUCUUGCGUCCAGAAACCCGAAACAACAACAUUCGUCGACGUUAGAAUCGUACUUGAUCAAACCUAUUCAAAGGAUUUUAAAAUAUCCACUUUUGCUUCAACAACUUCGUAAUUUGACUGAUCCCAGUACCGAUGAACAUCAACAUUUAGUGGAAGCUUUAAAGUGUAUGGAAAAAGUGGCCGAGCACAUAAACGAAAUGCAACGAAUCCAUGAAGAAUAUGGUGCAAUUUUUGACCACUUGUUUAGACAACAUCAAAAAUCUUGCAAACAGUCAAUAGAUUUAAGUCCAGGAGAUCUGCUAUAUUAUGGGGGAGUCGAAUGGCUAAAUAUAUCAGAUUUCCUUGGUAAAAUUAAAAAAGGACUGGAACUGCACGCAAUGUGUUUCGUAUUUAAGACUGCUGUAGUAUUUUUAUGUAAAGAAAGACUGCGACAGAAAAAGAAAAUUAUGGGUGUCCCGUCAAGUAAAACCGCCUCUUCGGAAGUAGAAAUUAUUCGAUACCAAGUGUUGAUUCCAGUAACUGAAGUACAAGUCCGUGCAUCUUCUGCUAAAGAUAUGGACUCGCAUUUCUUAUGGGAGCUUAUCCAUCUUAGGAGUCAACUGCAAAGGAGAUCGGAAAAAAUCUACGUUCUGUCAAACAGUACUGCCGAAUUCAGGAACGCCUUUUUAAAAACAAUUCGACAAAUCAUUAGGGAGUCGGUAAGAAAUAUGUCGAUUCCAGCGACGAAACCCGGUGCUGGUCCGGGGAUCUUGCUUGUUACGGGCCAUAAACAAGAUCAUAUGAAUAGCCAAACCUUGGAAAGACCAAAACAGCACAUAAUAAUUCAAGGUUCGCACACUAUGGUUAAACCAAAAAAAUCGAAAUCUCAACGUCAUUCAGCUGGUAAUAUAGACUACAGCAAUAUUGAUAGCCAGGAAUGCGAUGAUAUAGCAGCGAACUUUAGAAGUAGGAGCAAAACUAUCGGAAAUGCUGACGAGGCAACUCACGAAAGACUGAACCAUGACCGAAAUGAUGCAGGAAUUAAAUCGGAGGGUGAGGACGAUUCUCAAAGCGGAAAUUGUAAACCGAAAGCCGUGCUAGGACGAACGCCAAAUCAUCUUACCUUAAGCACGACCUCGACUUUAUCGGCAGGCAGUACGGGGAGCCAAGCACGUCUGAUACAGUCGUCACAUCCGCCAGAAAAGUUUCAGCCCGUUCAACUAGAAGAACUCGGGUCUCCGGUGUGGAAACCAAGAGAUGGCAAUGCAGAAAAUAACACCACAACGACAAUUGUGUCUCGCAAAGUGCGAGUUGAUCACACCGGGCUGAGCGCUUCAAGAAAAUCUCUCACUGGACUGGAAAUGGACGAAUAGAAAAAUUUCCUUUUUAGUUUUCUCUUUGAAUUUAUUUACAUUAAUAAUUUAAUACAAUUUUCUUGUUAACAUGUUAUAGAAGAAUAAUUAAAGUAUUUUAUAAAA